AUGAGGAAGAACGGAAAGCAAUGGCAUGCUCCUAAGAAAGCAUUCCGACCAGCUGCAGGGCUGACAUCCUACGAGAAGCGAGCAAAAGAGCGCCAGGCACACGUUGCUAUGAAGGCCAAAGAGAAGGAGUUGAAAUACGAGAAGGAAGCCGAACGACAACGGCGAGUACAAAUGAUCAAGGAUAAGAAGGCUGCAAAAGAGGAGAAGGAGAGAUACGAAAAGAUAGCCGAAAAGAUGCACAAGAAGCGCGUCGAGAGGUUAAAGCGGAAGGAAAAGAGAAAUAAGCUGCUCAACUCUUGA